AUGUGCGGCGGCGCGAUCCUCGCCGAGCUCAUACCCAGCACACCGGCGCGGCGCGGCGCCACGCCGGGCCACGACAGCGGCAAUGGUCGGACCGCGGCCGACGAUGACUUCGAGGCCGCGUUCCGGGACUUCGACGAGGACUCCGAGGAAGACGCGGUUACGAAGGAGCGGCAAAAGCGCAAGGCGUUCGGGUUCGCCGCCCCCGCGACCGCGACCGCGACCCUGCGCAGGAGGCGGCCCAGCAGCCAGUACCACGGCGUCCGGCGCCGGCCGUGCGGCAAGUGGGCGGCCGAGGUGCGCGACCCCGUCAGGGGCGUCCGCGUCUGGCUCGGCACCUUCGCCACCGCCGAGGCCGCGGCGCGCGCCUACGACCACGCCGCGCGCGACCUCCGCGGCGCCACCGCCAAGCUCAACUUCCCGUCAUCCGCUGCCUCGCCGCGCACCGGCAAGCGCCGCUCCGCCGCCGCUGCCGAUGCCAGGGCGGCGCCGUCCGUCAUGAACGAGACCGAAGGCAGCAGCAGCUGCGGCGCCGUGCCGGACUUCUCGUGGCAGGGCAUGUCCGCGACCGACGACGGCGCGGCGGUCGACUUCCAAGUCGAGCUCGCCGGCGCCAAGAAGCGCGCCCGGACAGAGCAACGGGAAGAAGAAGCCGACAUGCUGUUCGACGCUUUCAUGUUCGGCGACCAGUUCAGCUUCUUCAACGGCGUCGGCGUGUACGAGCCUGCCGCGAUGGACGGCCUGUUGGGCCGCGACGCCGUGCUGUGCAACGACAGCGCGGGGCUCUGGAGCUUCGACGACAGCGUGUGCUAUUACUAG